AUGAUGGCCGCUCUUUUUGGACAGGAGGCCCGGUCAGACCUACUCUCUGCACGCAACUGCCUCAUCCUACUACACGAAGCAGAGCGUGCCCUCAUCUAUGGGGCCAUAGCGAUCGUCCCUGACAUCGAGGAUGGUGCGUCAGCCGACGAAGGGGCGUUGGCGGGAUGGGCAGCCGCAUGCGGUCACAUACGAGGAUAUAAGUGGAAGGUCAUUGAUCCGGAGGCCGAGGACUUUCUGGAUAUGCCUUUCGUGCCCACCCCUACAGACGACAAUCCUGGAAUGACCAUUCAGGAAUUGGACGGGAAGGCACUCCAUUUUCGCCCAGAGUCCACUGUCCGCCCAAGCGUGGACUACAUGUACUUUUUCUUUGUACUUUCCAUCCUGAAGAUGGCAGGGCGGAACCAUAUCGACAGGGACAACCGGUCGCGGAUUGAAGAUAUCGACUCACUUAGGCUACUGGUUGGGAAGAAGGCGUGGACUGCAGAGAGUCAAUACCUGCAUCGGGCAAUGGUAGAGGCCUUGGGGCUGAAAGAGGAGCUAGGCAGUGCCAACGACGAUGAAAAUAAGUACAAGCAAGAGGUUGCACUUUUGGCAAUCAUUAGGACGUUUGAGAUUCAGAAGACGAGGUUUGAAGAGGAAUGCGAGUUGGAUUUGGGGGAAGGAGAAGAUGAUGUGGCCGAUGUAGACGAAGAUGGAUACGAUUAUUGGGACGUCGUGGAAGAAGCUCCUUCGAACCUGGAGCUACAAGAUUGGGAGGACAUCGAAGAAUACGAUGUAGAUGAGGAUGCUAGCUGA